GACACGGCCAGAGCACUGAGAGUUAUCAGGUAUUGAUGUAACUGGAAUAAGGGAACCUUCUUCCUGAGCACAGACAUUGGAGCCUGUUAUCAGCAUGAACUCAGAUGUGUUAGACAAUCACUUGAAUAGUUCAUAUCCAUCCUUCACUACAGGAAGCAUCAGAAUGAUACCAAAAACUCCAAAAGUCUUAGAUACUAAUGAGUAUUCACAAACAUUGGGGAUAUCACAGCAGAUAUUUAAAGGAGAUGGGGAAUUGUCAGGAACUGAGCAGCAAUCAUUAUGUCCAGAGAGUAAUUUAGUCAUCAAACAAGAGGACAACAUUUAUGACUUAUCUAGUGAAAUGAUUGUCCCAGAGGAUAAACCACACAUAUUCACUGAGUUUUCAAUACAUUUAAAAGACGGGAAACAUUUUAAAUCUAGCCAAAUGAUUAAUACAAAUAAGAAACCAUUCAAAUGUACAGAAAGUGAGAAAAGCUUCACAUGUAAUUUGCAUCUCCCUGAACACCACACAGUGGACACAUUUGUGAAACCUUACACAUGUAUAGAAUGUGGGAGAUGUUUCACAUCUAAAGGAAAUCUUAUGUAUCAUGAAAAAACACACACAGGGGAGAAACCUUUCACAUGUAAUGAGUGUGGGAGAUGUUUCACAUCCAAGGUAAAUCUCAUAUCUCAUGAAAUGACCCAUACAGGGGAGAAACCUUUCACAUGUGCAAAAUGUGGAAAAAGUUUUACACAUACGAGUUAUCUGAAAACUCAUGAAAGGAUUCACACAGCAGAAAAGCCUUUCACAUGUACAGAGUGUGGAAAAUGUUUUACACAGAAGAUUCAUCUGAACACUCAUGAAAGAAUUCACACAGGAGAAAAACCUUUCAAAUGUACAGAGUGUGGAAAAUGUUUUACACAAAUUAAUAGUCUGAAAAUUCAUGAAAGGAGUCACACAGGAGAAAAACCUUUCACAUGUACAGAGUGCGGAAAAUGUUUUGCACAAGUAAGUGCUCUGAAAAGACAUGAAAGGAUUCACACAGGAGAAAAACCUUUCACAUGUACAGAGUGUGGAAAAGGAUUUACAAACAAGAGGGAUCUAAAAACUCAUGAAAGGAUUCACACAGGAGAAAAACAUUUUACAUGUACAGAAUGUGGAAAAUGUUUUACACUAAAAAGUUAUCUGAAAACUCAUGAAAGGAUUCACACAGGAGAAAAGCCUUUCACAUGUACAGAGUGUGGAAAAGGAUUUACAAACAAGAGCAAUUUAAAAGCUCAUGAAAAGAUUCACACAGGAGAAAAACCUUUUACAUGUACAGAAUGUGGAAAAUGUUUUACACUAAAAAGUAAUCUGAAAACUCAUGAAAGGAUUCACACAGGAGAAAAGCCUUUCACAUGUACAGAGUGUGAAAAAGGAUUUACUAACGAGAGGGAUCUAAAAACUCAUGAAAGGAUUCACACAGGAGAAAAGCCUUUCACAUAUACAGUGUGUGGAAAAACGUUCAGUCGUUCUGGAAAUCUUAUGUAUCAUGAAAAAACACACACAAGGGAGAAACCUUUCACAUGUAAUGAGUGUGGGAGAUCUUUCACAUCCAAGGUAAAUCUCAUAUCUCAUGAAAUGACCCACACAGGGGAGAAACCUUUCACAUGUGCAAAAUGUGGAAAAAGUUUUACACAUACGAGUUAUCUGAAAACUCAUGAAAGGAUUCACACAGCAGAAAAACCUUUCACAUGUGCAGAGUGUGGAAAAUGUUUUACACAGAAGAGUAGUCUGAACACUCAUGAAAGAAUUCACACAGGAGAAAAACCUUUCAAAUGUACAGAGUGCGGAAAAUGUUUUGCACAAAUAGUUAAUCUGAAAACUCAUGAAAGGAGUCACACAGGAGAAAAGCCUUUCACAUGUACAGAGUGUGGAAAAGGAUUUACAAAGAAGAGUGUUCUGAAAACUCAUGAAAGGAUUCACACAGGAGAAAAACCUUUUACAUGUACAGAAUGUGGAAAAUGUUUUACACUAAGAUAUAAUCUGAAAACUCAUGAAAGGAUUCACACAGGAGAAAAGCCUUUCACAUGUACAGAGUGUGGAAAAGGAUUUACAAACAAGAGGGAUCUAACAACUCAUGAAAGGAGUCACACAGGAGAAAAGCCUUUCACAUGUACAGAGUGUGGAAAAGGAUUUACAAACAAGAGGGAUCUAAAAACUCAUGAAAGGAUUCACACAGGAGAAAAGCCUUUCACAUGUACAGUGUGUGGAAAAGGAUUUACACUAAAGAUUGGUCUGAAAAAUCAUGAAAGAAUUCACACAGGAGAAAAACCUUUCACAUGUUUAGAAAGUUGAAAAAGGUAUCCCAUGUCAGUCUCAGGUAUCACAAAAACACCAAAUAUUUACACAUAAAAUAAACUUUAUAUGUACUGUGUCGAAAUCUUUUAAAAAUGAUCCGAAAGAUAACAAACGAUAUAAAUGUCACGCUGCCCGGCCGCCGCUCUAUCCGUUGCCAUGGACGAUGCGGUAAGCUUCAGGCAAUGACGUCAUCACCACACGCCUCUCUUCCUGAUGACGGUCCGGAUCCCUCCUGUGGCAUGAAUCCUGCACCUAUGUAAGUACCUCAGUUACACUCGCCUGUGCCCAAGUAUAGGUCUUACUGUGUGUGCUCAUGGGUGCUGUAUUACUUACUAUUGCUGGAUUGCCAUACCGUUACUGAACUCUGCCUGCCUGACCACUCUGCUUGCUUAACUCUUGAACUGCUGGAUUGCCAUUUCGUUACUGAACUCUGCCUGUUUAACCCAUGUAUUGCUGGAUUGCCUUAUUAUUUUUUAACUAUUGGUUUACCACUGUACUGUUAUAUUGCUGGAUUUCCUUGUUGCUGACACCUGCCUGUUCCUGAUCAUUCUAUUGGUUUACCCCUGAACUGCUUUUCUGCUGGAUUGACUUAACACCGGGAUAAGAAGACUACUGUCCGGGGAGGAGCGUAGCCAUGCAGGAACAUGGUCGCACUCUAACCAAGCUCCGUGGCGUGUCCUAAGUUUUUGGCUCAUUUCUACAAUAUGAGAUUAGGAGAGACCCUGGAAAGUCAUCUACGAUAGAUAAUAUGUUUUAAGAGACAAUUAUCUGAUAUCAGUUCUCUUAUAUUACUUUGAUGGGACUUUAAUGAUUGCAGCAAGGAGGAGUCCGGGUGUUAUUCUACGGAGCGAUACUGUAUAACAGCCUGGGACACAUACUAUUGAGGUCAUACCUCUUAAAUACGGCUCCGUCUCCCUCUGACAUCUUGGUAAGAUCUGAAAUAAAAUUUUACCUCCUCGGACGCCUGUUAUUGUAAACACCGUCAUUAGCCCGCUCCACGCGACAGACCGCCACGAUUUCUUGGCCCUUACGUGAAAACUGGAGAUAUACAGAUCCCAAAUACCUGAUAAAUAAAACAGUUUGGAUAUUCAUUUGAGUUGUUAAUAACAGUCUCCUAAACCUCUCUAAUGGCAUCCAAGAGGCACACUAAACCUGACAAAAAACAGCCAAGUUCAUUGUCUACUACUAUGAAUUCCUUCUUUCACAGACAGGAAUCAGAAACUAUGGAGCACAUACAAGUCCUUGACAACGAUGCUCAUUUGUUAGAUCCUCCAUCUUUGACCCCCUCCUCACACGUACACCAACUAAAUCAAAUUCAGUCUACCAUUUCAAUGCUACCCUCCAAGUCAGAUCUUGCUGAACUGAAGUCUUUAAUCAAAACAGAAAUGUCUUCCUUGAGAAAAGAAAUUAAUGAAUGGAUUGUAGUGCUUAGAAGAGGGCCAAGAUGCUCUAAAUAAUAUGGUGUCUGAUGCUGACCGUCAAAUAACACGUCAUUAAUCCAUUGUCCAGUCCCUUCAAUUGAAAGUUGAGGACUUGGAUAAUAGGAAUAGGAGGAGCAAUUUGAGAAUCCGCGGGGUUCCAGAAGAGGCCACCCGGGAAUCCUUACUGUCGUAUCUUUUACAGUUAUUUGAGUAUAUUGCACCAACUAUCAAGCUUUCCGAAACUUCUAUGGAAAGGGCUCACAGGGCGUUGAAACCAAUGCCAACUCCUCCUAGCCCACCGAGAGACAUUAUCAUAAAGUUUGCCAAUUAUUUGGAUAAAGAAGCCAUUUGGAACCAAGUGAGACUGCAACGUGAAAUCCAAUUUCAAACCUACAGUAUCCAGAUCUUCCAGGAUAUUUGUCCCGCCACUAUUGAGAGACGCAGAGAAAUCCGCUAUAUCACGCAAACGCUGCAGGAAAGAAAGAUGAUGAAAUACCAUUGGGGAUUUCCCUUCAGCCUUAUAGUUCAGAAAGAAGGCAGAACACAUAUAUAUAAAGAACCAGAUGACCUGACCUCCUUUUCCAAGGGACUUAACAUCACCUUUCCACAACCAAAUUCAUCUUCUACACAAGAAUCCUUUUCUCAUCAUGGAACUGCUCCCUUUCCUCAAAGGAUCUAUACUUUAUGACUUUUUCGUUGGUCAAAGUACAAUUUGACCUGAUGUUAUUGUUAAAUACUUCAUGUCUUAUGUUGAUUAACUUUCUUUUCUACAAUGUUCUCAGUUAAGACCUAUAUAGAUAUGGUUUCUUUAUGCAACAGU